AUGCCCAGCCUGCUGCUCGUCUCCUUGGCCAGCUGCCUGCUGGCCAUAAAGCAGGCCAGCCCCAUCAGCCGCUGUGACUUGGCCAAGGUGCUGCGCGAGGAGGACUUGGAUGGGUUUGAGGGCUACUCCCUGAGUGACUGGCUGUGCCUGGCUUUCGUGGAGAGUGCCUUCAACAUAACAAAGGUAGAUGAAAAUACCGAUGGCAGCUUUGACUAUGGCAUCUUCCAGAUCAACAGCCACUACUGGUGCAACGAUUACCAGAGUCACACGGAAAACAUUUGCCACGUGGACUGUCAAGCCACCCCCCAACCUCCAGCAGCCAUUGUAUGGAUGCCCCAGCAGGCCUCUAGGAGGGAGGCCCGCUCCAUCUGGAAGUACUCAGCCUCCGGGUGGUACAUGCCUUUCCGGGUCACGUGGGCGGGGAAGCAGCUGGUCAGGUGGAAGCAAGAACCAGGCUUUUCUCUCCUCAGGGUAAAAUGGAGGCUGCACUGUGCGGGCCGGCCACUCUCCUACUGGAUGACAGGAUGCCACCUGGGAUGAGGCAGGGGACAGGCCUGUGGUGGAGUCACUCCAGAAUUCCUCUCCUCACUUUGGAAUUCUUCAUUUCUUCUUCCUCUUGCCUCCACUUCCUGUUAUUUUCUUCCCUUCCCAUUUACAAAUAAAACUGACCAGAGACCCAGAAAUAAAUGGGUUCUAGGGCUUCGUCCUUGUUCCCAUCCAGGCCC